GGAAAAGAGCCACUGGCAACAGGUUGUGGCAGCCCUCCCUAUGCAGCUCCUGAGGUUUUUGAAGGCAAAAAAUAUGUUGGUCCCCAAAUCGAUAUAUGGAGUCUUGGGGUGGUGUUAUAUGUGUUGGUAUGUGGUGCUCUUCCAUUUGAUGGACAAAAUCUGCAAAUUUUAAGGUUCCGUGUUCUGUCGGGAAGAUUUAGGAUUCCAUUCUUUAUGUCAUCAGAAUGUGAAAAUUUGAUACGACGAAUGUUAGUAUUGGAGCCUGGUAAACGUUAUACCAUGGAACAGAUUAAAAAUCAUCAAUGGAUGCAAAUGGAUGGGGGUGCACCUAAGGCUGCCCCACCUAGCCCAAUGAUGGGAUAUGGACCUAAAGUUGGUGAAUAUAAUGAACAGAUUCUGAGACUCAUGCAAAGUUUGGGUAUUAGUCAACAGAAAACAAUGGAGGCGUUGAAGAAUGAUGCUUAUGACCACUAUACAGCCAUAUACUACCUGCUGCUGGAGAGAUUGAAGCAACAUCGGAGUAGUUUCCCUAUAGACCAGCAGAUUGACUGUCACCGACGACGACCAAGUACCAUAGCUGAACAGGCUAUAUUACGAGUGGGACCUAAUUAUCAGCCACAGUUAGUCGGCUUAAAACAAUUUGGACAAUCUACAGACAGUGGAAUGAGCCAAAGGCGAGAGAGUUUCAUGAAUGAAAUAGAACAUAUACAGAUACCUGGUGUUUCUGUUUGUUUACAAGAUGUAUUGUCACAGCCUACUAGUGCCUGUACGUCUCAGCCCAUCACUAGUAAUGUUAUAACUACGUCAAUUGACGAGGGUGUGGAAGCUGAUAUUAUGGACAGUAGAGACAAUGACGAUAUUAUAAUGCAUAAAGGGCAGACUUUUGUGAGAGAUGGUUUUGGGUUAGGUUUAAUACCAAGCUCAGCGUUUGGUGAUUUUUCACAGUUAAGCAACACAAGUUUAGCGUCUCUAGGGACAAGUUCAACUGGGUCUCCUUUUACAAGUUUUGACUCGUCGUUAGAAGCUGAUCUUGUAUCUAGUCUUAGUGGUUUUAAUAAUAUAACAUAUCCAGUGUCAAGUGGUAGUACACCAGUGACAGUUGACCCAGCAAUGGGUAACAUGGUUCAAGCCAGUGGUUGCACUUCUGUAGUGAUUCAGGGACAAAAUACUGAAGACAUUAUAAAUGACAGAAGUCAGAACACGUCUCCUGUUGAUUUCCGCGAAGGGAGACGAGCAUCAGACGGUCUCGUUGCCCAAGGUAUAAUUGCAUUUAGACAGAGAUUAAAAGAAAGCAUGAAAUGCCAAGGAAUGGUUGAAUUACGAACUGAGCAUCAACAGGUGCAUAAUGUGUAUGGGAUAAAAAUGGCGCCAAGUAGUUUAGUACAAGAUCAUACAGAAGACGUGAACUCACCAGGUCAGCAGUACGUCGGACAGACUGACAACCAGCAACAGAAAAAGGCCCCACGACCACUCAUGAAAAGAAUGAGUUUACCAUCAGAAACUGUAGAUCUUCAGCCACAUAAACUGUUAGCAAUAAAACAGAGUAUGCACCUUGAACAGCAAAUGGAUCGAGUGGUGAGUCAAGACAGUGUUCAGCAGCCAAUGUUCGGAGAGAGUUCGAAGCCAUUGCAACAGCAGUUACUGCAGCAUCGAUUACAGCAAAAACGUCAGUCGUUUCAUCAGAAAAAUGUGGGUAAUCCACUUCACCAUCAAAUGCAGCAGCUACAGUUGGAUACCCAGUUAGGGAUGUACCCACCACAUUCUAGUCAACAAUCUUCUUGUGAUAGCAUGACUGAUAUGUAUUCACCACCACACUGUAGUGUUUCACAAAAUAAUGCUCUAGUCCAUACUCAAACUGGUGAUCCUAGUCUCAUAGUUCGACCUCAAAUCAUACGUAAAACUUCAUAUAAAUUAGCACAACAGCAGCCGGUUCUGCCUGAAAGCCAUAAUACAAGUGACUUGUUACCAUGGCAACGUGCGAUAUUAGAAAGAGAAGGUCAUCAAGUACAUAAUCAGAGUGAUAUGAGUGGAAAUCAAGGUCUCACAAUGCAACCUAUGAGUGAUUUGUCGGGUCGGAGGUCAGGUUACAUAAAUUUUGUACAACCCUCAGAAUUUAGGAAACAGCAAGUUCAAAAUCAGCCAAUUUCAGAACUUGAUUUUAAUCAAUGUCCUUUUGACUAUGAUAAUAGUGGAAUGGACACAGAAUGUGAUCAAGAAUUUUCUUUAGACAAUUAUGUUCAAGAUGAAAAUCCCAUAGACCAGCAAAGUCAGCAGUAUGACAACAAUAUUUCAGAUGGUCAAAAUUUCUACCCGAACUCUUCCCAGCAGCAACCAUUCAAUAUGACUGUUAAUAUGACCCAAAUGGAGGACACAGCAAUGGACUUCUCAUAGCAUUUAACACUUUACAUUCACAGUUCUUGACAUAUUUUUUUUUUUUGGGGGGGGGGGGAGGGGGGUCUUUUAAUAUGAAACAUUGGAAGUUAUGUGAUUUAAUCUAUUUAUUAAGCAAAGAUAAAAAAGGGAUAAUGAACUUUGUUUUCUUUAACUGAAAAAUGUGUACUUUUUUUCUUUUACUACUUUUGAAUUUUUAUAAAUGAAAGUUAUGUUUAAUUCAAAACACUUGUUAAUGAACUUUUGUGUAAAUGUCUUGAUUUAACUUUGUAUUUAAAACAUCAUGGUGGUUAAUAAUUUUGAAGAAUAAUAUAUUAAUGUUUUGUUUUUUUUCACUUUUUUUUAUUUUUCAACAUAUUCAUAUAGGAGGAUGAAUUACAUUAUGCACAUUUUUUUUUUUUAUAAAAAUAUAUUUCCAUUCAAACACUGGCAAUAUAAAAUUGUGAAUUGUAAAGUUGAGUAAGACAUUUUCAGUAAUGAUGAUACAGUGUCAUGAGGCUGGUAUCAUAAUGUAUGUCUGAUCUGUUUUUUAAAGGGACUCCACUGAGGCUUUCAUUUUUAUGCGGAGGGACUGAAAAUAUUUAUUUUUUAUAAAACCAUUUGAUAAAGGUCCAUACCAAUUAGUUGUAUGCAAAAUUUCAGAUCAUUUGCUCACCCCAUUUUUCAACAAUUAUUUUUAUUUUUUGUGCAAAAUGACCAAAAAAUGAAGAGCAUGUAAAUACUUUUAACUCUAAUUAGGCUAAGAAACACACAGAAAUCAAUUUUUAUUAUAAUUCUUGGUGUAUUUCUAUAUUGUCUUUGCAGAUUUUUUCCAUUUUAGGUUUCCCAGUUGAUCUAUGAAAGAAUUCAAAAUUUAAUGUUUUAGGUUUUUGGAUCUCAGUGGAGUUCCUUUAAGACCGUAAUAACUAGUAUUACAGACAUUAAAAUGGAAAGUUAGAAUUUAUUAUAUACAGAUAUGUGUCCAUGUAAGUGUUUCUGGCCAAAACAUUCCAAACUGUUUCUAUAUAUAGGUUUGAUUGAGAUUUGAUAGUCAAUUUUCAUUUGAAACAUAAACAAAUUCUUAUGGAUUCUGUAUGAAAAAUUAAAAAAAAAACAACUUUAAAAAACAAUAGAAAAUAUCCUUAAUUAAGCAAGUUUAGUCUUGGUUAAAGUAGAGAGAACAUAUUUGCAAAGGCCAGUACUAGUUGUGUUAUUAUAGUAUAUAUUUUGUGUCCAAAAAUAAAAAAGUUAUCAAAAAAAAGUUGUGGUGUCAAUGUGGUAUUUUCAUAUAACAGUGUUAUAUAGCCAUAUCAACACUUGUUCACAUAUUCUAGUGGCAUUUGAUUCACAGAUUAACACUCAACUAUAUCAGAAUUGUUUGAAACAUUCCAGAAAAUUAAUGUUAACAUAGGACUAAAUUCAGAUAAAAAGAAUUGAAAUAUUUCUAUAUUGGUGCACACAUUUUUCAUAUGUUUUUUGGGCCACAAUAAUACAUAAUUUUUUUUAAUUUCCUGAAGUUUUUGCAACAUAUUUCCGAUGUAUAUAUAACAAAUUUCCCUAUUUAGUUAUUUUAAGAUGUAAUAACCAUGGAAACGGUUCUGAUUUGAGGUAAAUCUGCGAGUGAAAUGUUGCUAGGAAAUGAGACAAGUGAAUAUUUCUGUUGCCAAAUAUCUAGUCGUGGAGAUUGAUGUUAUAGUACAGUUCUUUGAAAAAAAAAUUGUCAACUUUUUUUGUAUGUAUUUGUACAUGGUGUAAUAUUGUUUUGUGAUAUGUAUAUCUAUAUAUAUAUAUUUUGUAUAAAAUGUAUGCACAGAAGUUUGUAAUUUAUUUUUGUCAUGCAAACACUUUGAAGUAAAUCUGUCAAACACUUCGAAAAUGAAAAUCUAUUCUAUAUGACUGUAUGUGUAAAUUUUGUUUUGUUUUCAUAUUUCAAGGAAAAUUAAACAUUUUAUAAAAACAAGUUACAGUACAAAAAAAAAGCAUUUCUUAAUUUAGAUUUAAGAUUCUUCCUUUUUUUGUCAGAAAAUUUUGUUUUUCAACUAUAGAUAAAAUGAAUACCAUAACUAUAAAAUGAAUUUUUCUUUUUAUGAUUCUGUUAUAAUGAUACUUCAGGCAUGUUAUUUUAAUUCUUUACGUACGAAAAGUAAGAAGGGAUCAUUGUACAAAGAAUAGUGUCUCUUUAUUUUUAGAAUAAGUCUUUAAGAAUCUUACACUGGCUGCUGGUACAGACCGGAAUAUCUAGCUUGACAGUAACUGUUUACAGCUGUAAUGAGGCUCGGCCGAGUUUCGGCUAAAUAGUUACCCCGAGACAGAUUUUUCUAGCACUGGUGUAAAUGGUAGAUAAUCCUGUCUGAUAUGCAAGAAUAUAUAUUCUGUAUCUUUAUUUCUUUUACCCUGUUUCUGUAGCUUUUCUACAAAAUACACAAAAUACAGCCAAAAGAAUAUGAUAAGAUCAAGAUAUUUUUCCCCAAUUUUUUUUCUGUAUUGGUAAAAUAACAUCUAAGAAUGUCCUGUAGAUGGAAAUAGUAAAAUUAGCAGUUUUGUCUGAACCCAGGCAAUGAAGUGAAGAAUGCCUGCAUCUUUCAGGGUUUCCAUCCCACCCAAUUUAAGUGUAAAGAAUGUUUUAGUGUGGUUUGAAGAGUUUUAGUCAGUGUGAAGAAUACCACCAAGUUUGGGGGUUUCCACCACACUCUGUUUCAACAUAAAGUUUAUUGUGUAUGAUAUAGGAAUUUAGAAUCAGUCACUGUUGACACCCACUGUAUAAGUUGACGAGUAUUCCACCAGUAAUGAACCUGGCAAGCCUACGCAACAAUAUAUUAAUAACACAUAGGUUUGUGAGAAAUAGUAAAAAUAUCCUCCUUUGGAAAAUACUGUUAUCUAAGGCAUUAGUCGAUAGUUGCAGUAAUUUUACGAGAGAUGAUAUUUUUGCUUUUACUCACAAACCUAUGUGUUAUAUUGAAAAAAUACUUCAUUGGGACACUGUUUCUAUAGGAUUAUAUUUUUCAGAUUUAAACUAUGAAAAAGUACUGCUUCCUAUAAAAUAUAAUACAAUUCAAUACAAUUUUUUUAGUCACAUGGUACACUUUAAUUAUCAGUAAGAAUAACUCCCAUUGGCUCAUGGAAAAUUAAUGUUUCACAAAUUGUGAGGGGUAAUAAUACUAUCUGACCAAGCUCUUCACCUGCUGAAUUUUAAUAUUUUGAUAGUGAAAUCCCUCAAACUACAAAUGGAAAGGUCCAAAUACAUAACAGGUCAAGUCUAUUAUAUGAAAUGAAUGGGAGAUUAGGUUAAUGUAAUUGUCCUACUUGCUAAUGACCCCUGGUAUUGUUAUCUCACUGACACACUUCUCUCAAAUAUGACAAACUUAUUCACGUAAAUUUCUAAGUUUAUAAGAUACCAUAAAUGUUUUAAGAUCACCUACUGAGAUAUAGCUUUAUCUGUCAAGUGGCUACACUUCAGUGUAUAUACAUCAGCUUAGGUCAUCAUAAAAUGUGUAAUUUUCAAUGAAUAUAAUAUAAGUAGUCUUAUUAUUAUAAAUUCUUAGUGUGAAUUUUUAUUUUUUGGAUUUUCUUUGCAUUUGUUUCACCAAAAUGUCAACAUAAAAUGUGUAUUCAAUUGAAUGUUUAAUGAAGAUUUGAAGGCACCUAAAAGGGAUGUAUUGAGGUUUUUUGACAUAACAGGCUGGAAAUAAUUUUUCAAGAUUAAUGUUCCAUUUGAUGUAGGCAUAGACCUAAAAAUUAUGUGCAAAAUUUCAGAAAAUUUGUUCACUCUGUUGCACAAAGUUAUGAUUUUAACAUUAUUUCUGGGUAUAUUUCUUUAUGAUCUUUUUGUAUAUCUUUCUUGUUCAAGUGCCCCAGUUGAUCUAUAGAAGAAAUUAAAAUUUUAUGUUUUGAUCUCUGGACCUCUGCUCUUUUAGAUUUAUAAGCAUUCUUUUUUCUCUCUGCAUUUAAAAAAAGGUGUGUACAUUAAGAUCAGUUAACAGGGAAGUUCUGUUCCUAAGGUCAUUGUAGAUUUCCACAAUAACUGUACUUAUUUACCUUUGACAUUUACUAUUGCGUGAGGGAAAAUGUACAGAAAUUCUUGAAAUGUCUGUGUGUGCUUUGAUAUUGAAAUGAUGGCACAAUCUUUUCCUUUGUCUCAGUAAAAUAUGGUGAUGCUUGUUAAUCAUGGUUUCUAGGCAACAGUUGGUAAUAUUUAUUAAACUUGGAUACUUAUUUUUUUCCUGUUAAAGAGUGUGUGUUGACAGAGUACAAGCAGUUUUGUUGGAAUUGAUUUGUUAUUUAAACAAAAUAUAAUUUUUUUAUAAGGACAAUUUUGCAGCACUAGUCUAGUUAUGUGAUAAAAUAGUUUUCUUGUUGUAUCAGUACAUGCAAUUAAUGUGUAGAUUAUAUAUGUAUAGAUUAUGCACACAUAUUGAUAUACAAUGUAGUCUUGUUAAAUUGAUCUGUACUCAUAUUUAUGAUAUACAUCUGUGUCAUACAGACGCUUUAAAAUCUAUUUUCAUUUUAAUCGUACAGAUGUGCACUGCAUGAAUCAGUGUCAGUCAGAUGCUUGAUUUUUUUCGCACUAGUUGAUUCUACUACAAUAUUGAUCUGUGUCUAUAUGACGCAUGUAUUAUCAUCAACAAUUUUUAUAACAGAUUUUUUUUAUACAAUUUAUCUUCAAAACUUCUUUAGGUUUUUAGACAACAUACACUAAUUAGUGUUAUACAGAUUGUUAAGUGUCAAACAGAUUUUGUUAAACAGAAUUUUUAUAUUAAAAUGUAUAUGAAUGUUUCAUUGUUUAUGUGUUGUUAAGUGUCAUAUAGAUACUUGAUUUGUACAGUUAAAUCAGUGUUAUAUAAAUGUUUGAUCUGUACACCUACAUCAGUGUCAUAUGAAUGCUUGAUCUGUACAAUUACAUCAGUGUCAUAUGAAUGCUUGAUCUUUACAAUUACAUCAGUGUCAUAUGAAUGCUUGAUCUUUACAAUUAAAUCAGUGUCAUAUGAAUGCUUGAUCUGUACACCUAUAUCAGUGUCAUAUGAAUGCUUGAUCUGUACACCUACAUCAGUGUCAUAUGAAUGCUUGAUCUGUACAUGUUAAUCAGUGUCAAAUGGAUGCUUGAUCCACUUGCUUAAAGGGUCAAAUGGAUUCUUGAAUGAUACAUUUCAAAACAGUGUCACAUCGAUGUUUUAACUUGUAUUCAGUGUUCAGUGUUAUAUGGAUGUUUGAUUUGUACAUGAGAUGUGAUAAUAUCAUUGUUAAACAAACAUAUGCAAGCAAUGUUACAUAUCUGAUGGUGCAGGAUAAUGAUGUAUAGUUUGCACUUGUUACAUACAGAAUUUAUAAAACAUGCAUAUCUUUUCACAUAAUCAAACACUGUAGGUAUAUUUACAUGUAUAUGAAGUUGUUUAAGUCUAUAAAAUGUUUGUUUCUGAUUGUUAUGAUCUCCUUGUCUUUUUAAAUAAAAAUUAUACUGCUAAUAAGAUUUUUUAAAAAGUAAACUGCAGAAUAUUUUGAGUCUGGUGCAAAUUUAAGUAUGUUCAUAUAAACUACAAAUAGACUCUUUGUAAAUAAUGUAAUUAUGUAAUCACGUUACAUACAGAUGAAACUGCAAGAUGUACCUGGUUUUAAUGUCAAUUUGAGGAAUAGGAUUAUUAGAGCUUGUUACAAACAUGAAAGCCAUAACUAUUUUUAAAACUAUCCAUUAUCAAUUUUGGGGAUAUCAAAAUAUAAAAUUUGUCAGGCAACAGUAUAGAGUUGACCAGGCUGCUGGUGAUUCCACUUGGUUCUAGCUUGUUAAUAUUUAUGUUUGCAUUUGAAAUGACUCAUCAGGUAGGGGGUGGUUCUUAUUUUAAGUCUAAUUUAGUCCUGGAUCUUAUGAAUAUCACAAUAAGUGGAAGUCAAUUUUACUUUGAAAGUUAUAUUGUUAUUUUACUAUUUAUACUCAGGUUACAUAUAUAAAUAGAGAUUCUUGUUUUGAAAAUCCAAGAAAAAUUUCCAUGUUUGCAUAUAUGUGGGUAUUACCAGGAUUUGUAGCAUGUUACAUCACAUGAUAUUCUGUCUUAAAGCUACAAGCUUCCUGAUA